AUGUCUGGCAGUCAGGGAAUCUCUGUGAUCUUUACCUGCCCCGCCGGGGAGAGGAGGGAAAAGCAGCGAGGCAGCUCCGCGCCACCUGGGCAAGUGGUGCUGCAGGGAGGCAUCUAUGGCCUCCUUCUUUCUCUUUCCUGGGGUGUCUUUGGCCUGUUUCCUGCUCCUGGUGUAUCCGGGGCCCGCUUCUUCUUCCUGGUAGGCCUGUUUCCUGCUCCUGGUGUAUCUGGGGCCCGCUUCUUGUUCCUGGUUGGCCUGUUUCCUGCUCCUGGUGUAUCCGGGGCCCGCUUCUUGUUCCUGGUAGGCCUGUUUCCUGCUCCUGGUGUAUCUGUGGCCUGUUUCCUGCUCCUGGUGUAUCUGUGGCCUGUUUCCUGCUCCUGGUGUAUCUGUGGCCUGUUUCCUGCUCCUGGUGUAUCCGGGGCCCGCUUCUUCUUCCUGGUAGGCCUGUUUCCUGCUCCUGGUGUAUCUGGGGCCCGCUUCUUGUUCCUGGUUGGCCUGUUUCCUGCUCCUGGUGUAUCCGGGGCCCGCUUCUUGUUCCUGGUAGGCCUGUUUCCUGCUCCUGGUGUAUCUGUGGCCUGUUUCCUGCUCCUGGUGUAUCUGUGGCCUGUUUCCUGCUCCUGGUGUAUCUGUGGCCUGUUUCCUGCUCCUGGUGUAUCUGUGGCCUGUUUCCUGUUCCUGGUAGGCCUGUUUCCUGCUCCUGGUGUAUCCGUGGCCCGCUUCUUCUUCCUGGUAGGCCUGUUUUCUGCUCCUGGUGUAUCAUCUGUGGCCUGUUUCCUGUUCCUGGUAGGCCUGUUUCCUGCUCUUAGUAUGUAUUUGGCCCUUUUCCUGCUUCUGAUGUAUCUGUUUCUGUUCUCUGAUAAAUCGGUGGCCUGUUUCCUGCUCCUGGUGUAUCUGUGGCCUGUUUCCUGUUCCUGGUAGGCCUGUUUCCUGCUCCUGGUGUAUCCGUGGCCCACUUCUUCUUCCUGGUAGGCCUGUUUCCUGCUCCUGGUGUAUCCGUGGCCCGCUUCUUCUUCCUGGUAGGCCUGUUUCCUGCUCCUGGUGUAUCCGUGGCCCGCUUCUUCUUCCUGGUAGGCCUGUUUCCUGCUCCUGGUGUAUCCGUGGCCCGCUUCUUCUUCCUGGUAGGCCUGUUUCCUGCUCCUGGUGUAUCCGGGGCCCACUUCUUGUUCCUGGUUGGCCUGUUUCCUGCUCCUGGUGUAUCCGGGGCCCGCUUCUUGUUCCUGGUUGGCCUGUUUCCUGCUCCUGGUGUAUCCGGGGCCCGCUUCUUGUUCCUGGUAGGCCUGUUUCCUGCUCCUGGUGUAUCUGUGGCCUGUUUCCUGCUCCUGGUGUAUCUGUGGCCUGUUUCCUGUUCCUGGUGUAUCUGUGGCCUGUUUCCUGUUCCUGGUAGGCCUGUUUCCUGCUCCUGGUGUAUCCGUGGCCCGCUUCUUCUUCCUGGUAGGCCUGUUUCCUGCUCCUGGUGUAUCCGUGGCCCGCUUCUUCUUCCUGGUAGGCCUGUUUUCUGCUCCUGGUGUAUCAUCUGUGGCCUGUUUCCUGUUCCUGGUAGGCCUGUUUCCUGCUCUUAGUAUGUAUUUGGCCCUUUUCCUGCUUCUGAUGUAUCUGUUUCUGUUCUCUGAUAAAUCUGUGGCCUGUUUCCUGUUCCUGGUGUAUCUGUGGCCUGUUUCCUGUUCCUGGUAGGCCUGUUUCCUGCUCCUGGUGUAUCUGGGGCCCGCUUCUUCUUCCUGGUAGGCCUGUUUCCUGCUCCUGGUGUAUCCGGGGCCCGCUUCUUCUUCCUGGUAGGCCUGUUUCCUGCUCCUGGUGUAUCUGUGGCCUGUUUCCUGCUCCUGGUGUAUCUGUGGCCUGUUUCCUGUUCCUGGUGUAUCUGUGGCCUGUUUCCUGUUCCUGGUAGGCCUGUUUCCUGCUCCUGGUGUAUCCGUGGCCCGCUUCUUCUUCCUGGUAGGCCUGUUUCCUGCUCCUGGUGUAUCCGUGGCCCGCUUCUUCUUCCUGGUAGGCCUGUUUUCUGCUCCUGGUGUAUCAUCUGUGGCCUGUUUCCUGUUCCUGGUAGGCCUGUUUCCUGCUCUUAGUAUGUAUUUGGCCCUUUUCCUGCUUCUGAUGUAUCUGUUUCUGUUCUCUGAUAAAUCUGUGGCCUGUUUCCUGUUCCUGGUGUAUCUGUGGCCUGUUUCCUGUUCCUGGUAGGCCUGUUUCCUGCUCCUGGUGUAUCCGUGGCCCGCUUCUUCUUCCUGGUAGGCCUGUUUCCUGCUCCUGGUGUAUCCGGGGCCCGCUUCUUCUUCCUGGUAGGCCUGUUUCCUGCUCCUGGUGUAUCUGUGGCCUGUUUCCUGCUCCUGGUGUAUCUGUGGCCUGUUUCCUGUUCCUGGUAGGCCUGUUUCCUGCUCUUAGUAUGUAUUUGGCCCUUAUCCUGCUUCUGAUGUAUCUGUUUCUGUUCUCUGAUAAAUCUGUGGACUGUUUCCUGCUCCGGGUGACUGGCUUCCUGAUGUUGGACUACCUGUGUUUUUUCCCUGCUCCAGGUGUGUUUGGGGCCUAUUCCCUGCAGUCACUGCCCCCCCCACCCAUGUAUAAAUGACCCCCUGCUCAAUAUUGCAGCCUCUUGUUUCUGCCUCGUGCCCCUUACUGACUCCACCCUUCUCUGGCUCCAGGCUCCGCCUCCUGAUUUGUGUGACGCUCGCAGUUCUGUGUAUUCCCUUAUACUGUAACUGCUAAAUAUGAUAACUACAACUCCCAGCAUCCCCUGUAGGCUUGUAGGUGGAUGCUGCAUGUUAGAGUAAAGAAAUAAGCUGAAUAAGCUAUACACACUGUCCCGCAGUUGCAGCCAUUCAGAGGUUUAUCUUCCCCUUUCUUUCCUUCAUCUUCACUCUCACCUUUCCCUCAUUACAGCCCUCCGCUCGUGGCCCCAAACAUCCGCCCCCGUGGGCCCUUCUUGCUGCUGACAGCGGGGGAUUCCUGGAGAUGGGAUUUUAUUUUGGCAGCCAAUAAAUCACAUUGCCAGGGAUUUCCAACUGUCGGCCGCCCGGUCAGCGGCGCAACUUUCCCCGGACAGCAGAUCUGCACAGUAGAAGCCAAUCAGGAGCCAAGGACGAGCAACGUGAUGGAGACGGGCUUGGUUACUAUGCUUACUAUAUGGGGGUACGUGCAUAGAGUAUGUGGGGGCUUUAGAACCCAGGGGCCAAACCUAUUUAAAGGGGAAGUACAACCAUUUAGGGUCUAUUCUCUACCUUCUUCCUUUGCUUCACACAGCCCCUGCCCGUGACACCCCCUUGCCUUACUAUACACUGGUCCUACAAUUACAGGCCUUUAUAAUGGGGCCCCAUAAGGCAUAGGGCCCAGGGAAACCCCAAUAAUCCCCAUUUCCCCUGGGAGAAGCUUUUCCUUACAGAUUUAAUGUUGCCAAGUCCCAGAAUGCAAGCCAGCUUCCCGCCGUACGGCAGCCCCGGGGGGGCGGAUAGGAAUAAAGUCACGGGUGGCGAUUACACGGAACUUUCCAUGAGGAUUUGCAUGUGAUUGGACGCCAAGCUCAGAGGAGACGUGCCCAGCCGGCGGCCCAGGGCUUAGCUGUAUUGUGAGCACUGUCACUCUCGCACCUGUUCACAGUGGCUAAGUUCCGCGCCUCUCUGGCACACCCUUCCCUCUGGCCACUCCCACUGAAGUCAUAGCGCCUGACUGGCUCCGCCUCCCGUACCUACUGGGCUGAUAAUCAGUGGUUAUAUCUUCCCCUGGCUCAGUUCAGCAGGACAGGAGUUGCAGCCGAGUACCUGCCGACCGAACCCCAGUGCUGGGGGGCUUUUCUGCUGGGGGGCUCCGAAAAAAUGCCCUUUCUGCCCAACCCACUGCAAUCUAUGUCUGCCUUGCCUGUCAAUAAACGAUACAGAACUACAA